CCAUUCGCAGAUGGAAAAGUCAAUUUUUCAUCUCGGCGCAGCGCGAAGGGUGUUUUUGCUUUAAUCGAAAUUUUUUCCUCGUUAAUACUUAAAUACUACACACACUUCACGGCUAAACGGACCAUACCAUUUAAACAUUGAGGAUAAUUGCACGCCACAACGCAAAUAAAAUAAAAAUCAAUAAGAAAAUCCGAUAAAAUCUAUAUAAAAAAGCAAUGUAUGUUUAAUGUGUGUGCGCUUUUUUGCCGUUUUUUUGUAUUUCGGAAACGCGAUGCGAACGCGAGUAUGAAUUUCGUUUUACGCCUUUGGCUGCAGUCGAAAUCGAGAAUUGGCAUCAACGACGCAAGCGUUGACGGCGACGACGGCUUCCACAACUAUAUCCACAUGCUAAGUCGUCGCAGCUGUAAUCGCGACAGCGACAGCAACUGCGGCGCUGACAGUCAACAUAGUGGUGUAAGAAGUGACAAAGUGGAGUCGGUUGUGCGUGUGUGCCCGUGUGUGGACAAAUCUGUGUGAGAAAAUUCCACCGAAAUUCGGAGCGGAUAAAAAUCUAUUGACGGUGUGUGUGUGUGUGUGUUAGCACUAGCGGAUUAAAACAAAAAAUUCAAUUGUUGGUUAACAAUCGGUGCUAAUGACUGCAACAAACACACAAAAUAAAAUGCCAUUCAUACCUAACUGGAUAAAGAAAUAUUUACAAAAACAAUAAAGCAUCUUAUAAAAAAACGAGUAAUAUUACAACAAACACAUUGUCUUCCCAGUAAAAAAAAUCCACAAAUUAAUAAUUCAUAUUACAUUCAUUCUCGAAACGAAACCAAAAUUAAGAAACAAUAAAACAAUUAUCCACAAACAUAAUCUUCUCAAAUCACGAUGGAAAUAUAAAAUCGAACUGUGUGAAAGUAAAAAUCUUCUUCACCUAGAACCUAUGUAAAGCUGACCAGCCACAAAAAGAAAAAAACACGAUUGAUGCUUUAAAAUUUCCCAACGCUUCGAAAAACUGCGUUGCACUGCACUACCCACCAGUGAGGAUUGUGUUUUAAUGCGGAUAGUGGCGGCGGUGGCUGAGUGGCAGUGCGGCGAUACCAGAUGGCAGAUACCACAGACCCUCGAUCUCGUGGGCGGCUCUGUUGAGGCAUGUCGUAAUGGCCAGAGAGGAGUCUCGUGGCAAGAGACCCCUUAAAAUUUGGGAUAGUUGGCGAAAUGUGCGCAAAGGCGUAGUUGUUGGAACAUUCGAGGAGCUAUUAGUCAGAGGAAAGGAUAAAUUGGGGGUUCCUGCCUCAGAACCGGUGCGUGUUGUUCUGGAGUGCGAUGGAACCCAAAUCGAAGAUGGCGAAUAUUUUCGUACAUUGGCGAACAACACGGUGCUACUAUUGCUAAGGCAGGGCGAACGCUGGUAUCCAACUGGUGUUGAUGUUAUAAAAGCUGCGAUAUCAGCUAUACCGAAGAUCGUCUGUGAGACGAUUCAUGCGCUCGAACUACACGAUGAGACGCCAUCUUGGAAGAUUAUGGAUAAUAAGGGUCGUGUCACGGUGGUCCUGCACUGGGAUCAGCGUCAGGGAGGUGGAGGCGGAGGAGGAGGCGGUGGAGGUGGUGGUGGGGGUCCCGGCGGCGUCGGUGGCAUGGGGCCGAGUGGAAGCGGUGUCAGCGGCAGUAAUGGACUCAUGUCAUCGGACAAAUACUCACCAUCGAAGAAAGGACUGUCGGCGCAAAGUUCGCUGGACACCAAAUCGGUGUCGUCACAAUCGUCACAACAACGCUAUGCCAGCCCACAAAUAACCGUCAUUAGUGAUGAAGGUCCAGCGAGCAUAUACCAUCCGGGCGGUGUGGUGCUGCCACCCGGUGUUGUAAUACCCGGCACCAGCAGACGCCUAUCUAAACAAGGCGGCUCAUUUGAUAGCGCCGUGGGUGCGGUGCAUGUGCAUACACCCGAAUGUGCGCAUCAUGCGCACACGCCCAGUCGGGCGGGUAGCCCCAGCACCACGGAAUGCGAUUUUCAUUGUUGUGCGUUGCAUGAGGAGGGACGCAAGAUAGCCGUGCAUAAAAGUGUGGCCACGUCGCCCAUACAGGAUGGCACAACGAGUCCCCAGCCGCAGCAACAAGCGACGCUAUCAAUGUCAUCGGUUGUGGAUCCUAUGAUGGGCGGCAGCAUGCAGCGACGCUCAUCGGGCGUCAAGGGCCAUGUACGCUUUCUGGAUAUUGCGCCGGAGCGUGAUAGCUCCGAGAGCGAAACAGAGAAUACCGUCAUGGAGGAUGAUAAGACGACGACUGAGAAAUUCCUGCUGCUAAUCGAUCAGCUGUCUGUCGAUCAGAAACGACAUCUCAGCAUCAAAGAUAUCGGCAUCAUAUUGGAGCGGCUCAAUUCGAAGAUACUCGACGUGGAGCGCCUGGAUCGAGAAUCGGAAUCGGACGAUUGCUAUAAUUGGACGAUAAAGGCGACAAUACGUGGUGAUGCGCUGCGCGAGCUGGGUGUCAUCUAUAAUGGAAACUAUUACGCCAUAUCCGAGCAUCCCGGCUACAAAGAGGAAGUCGAAGAGAACGGCGAAGAGGUGGAGGAGGAAGAUGAAGAGGAUAGAAUAUAGAAAUGCAAUUAAUUAAAUUUAAAUUAAAUUAACAACAUUAAGCAUUAACACAAAAUACACACACACACAUUCUCACACAUACACACUCAUAUAUAUAAAAUAUAAUAAUAAUAAUAACCUAUUGAAAAACUCACAAAAAAUAAUAACAGGAAAAGAAGAAAGAAACUAAUAAGCAAAUUAAAUGGUAUAAAAUGGAUAAAGAAUUGAAAGAAAAACCAAAACCAACAAGAAAUGGAAGUGACAAAAUAAGCAAAACAGAAUACGUUUAAGUAAAGAAUAGUGAAACAAUUUUAGUGAAUUGUAGUAAAUUAAUUAAGAAGAAAACAAACAAUUGCAGUUAGAAGGGCAAUUAAAGGCGUGGCGAAAACAGGGAAGUGACAGAAUUUGAAAAGCAAAAAACACACCAUCACACAACAAUGCAAAACACAUACGUUCAUACAUACAUACAUACACACACGAGACACACGAUAAAUACUCUAGCGCGAGAGCAUAAUUGUAAGAAUUAAUAAAAAUAAAAAAAUUAAAAAAUACCAGAAUGCAAUUCAAUAGGAUUUAAGAAAUAGUUAAAGCAAAGAGAAAAACCAAAGUAAAUAAAUAAAUAAAUAAAUAAAUAAAUAAAAAACAAAUGUGGAAAAAAUCAACCUGGCGCUAACCCUGUUCCCAAACCUUCACUUAACUUACACAGCAACAACAAGCUGAUACUGCGUAGUACUGAAUUGAAAUACACAGUGAGAAAUUCAGAAAUUCGUAGAACGCUAUCUACCGUAAAGCACCAAUCAAGCAUUGACAUUAUUGCAACAAGUAAAAAAAUAAAGAAAUAAUACAAUAAAAUAAAUGAAAAUGAAAGUAUUUAACAAAAAAAAACUAAAAAAGAAAACGAAAGCGAAAACGAAUAAUCAAUCAGCUGUUUUUACAUACACGCACAUAUUACAUACAUACACACGUCACACAUACAUGCAUAAAUACAUACUCCAAGAUAAUGGACUACAUACAUAGGGUUUUUAAGUAAUGUACAAUCCUUAUACUAAAAGUAUACAUAUGGACGUAUAGCACAAGUAAAGUAAAUUGCAAUACGAGCAGUGUGAAACUCAUUUACCUUAAAUGUGAACCAAUGGAAUUAUUUCAAUCAAAAAAAUUUGUUAAGUUUCUCUCAAAGCACAAUGCAACCAAAUGUGAUUUUACUAAUUACUCGUUUAUGUCUUACUAUAUGUGAAUAUGUCAUGUGUACAUAGUACAUACAUACACACAUACAUGCAUAGGUUCAUAAAAUACCUACAUAAGAGCACAUUUUAUCAUAUAUUUCGUAUAGGUUCAUAUGUAUAUGUACAAUACAGUGGCGUUCAUAAAAAUCCGUUUGCUAAAAUAAGUACCUUAGUUUUUUACGUUUCAGCAUUAAAUUCAAAUUCAAAUUACGGGAAAUAUAUUAGCUUAAUUAACAAGUUGAGUAUGAGUUGCCAAAAUUGUAUUGCAUUUUAUUUUAUUUAUUUAUCGGAAGCCACGUGAGUCUAUAACAGGUGAUAGCAGUAGCACAAAAACAAAAGUUACAUGUAGUUUAGUGUUGCAAUUUGGUAGUUUGAAUGUUAAAAUUUCAAUCAGAACAAACGAAAUGAAAACAAGAGCAGACCACUUUGACUUUAAACCUAUAAAUUUUAAGAAAAAGGAAAAAACAUCAGUUGCUCCACUGCCAUCACCUUCUAUGAGUGAAGCACUAAAAAAUACGACUUGCUUUUUUCCAGCUCACAAUCAUCUUUUUUCUUAAUGCCGCAAUUUUUGCUUUGGAACGGAAAUUUUCGCUUUAAAAAGCUGAUUUUCUGAAACGAGGAUAAGUCUGUUAAAUGAAAAACAACAUUUCCCUACGAGUUUGAAAUUUAAAUUUGAAAAAGGCGAGCCAAGAAGCACCCAGAGAUUGGUAACUCUUGGGCUAAAAAGCCCAUUGUAUGUAUUCAAAGCUCUGGAAAAUAAAAGGGUAUAUAGUCGAGGAGGAAAAGAGAGAAGUAACAUAAAGAAAGAGGUAGGAUAGAAUAGAGACAGAGACGGAGAUAGCUAGUUCUGUGAGAAAUUUCCAGAUUCUUUCGCAAAUCUGAAGAUAUCCUCUAGAUUUUAGGAACAAAUAUUACUAAUUCUCGACUUGACUUCGGAACCCAAAAUGUCGUAGCCUUGCUCUAACAAAGGUAGGACACUCACAGAGAAAAUGUUCUGUGCUAUCCGCUUUCUCAAGCAAAUCGGGUCCUCAAUGAUUCCAUGUGUUGUGUCCUGUAGUGAUACCGACCAUCAACCGAACGUAUUUUUUCCCCAGUUUUAGAAGAUAGUUCGACAAUUUUCUGUUCGGGCUUGUCACAAAACACUUUGGGUGUCUCCCCAGAAGGAGAGGAGGGAUCGUUUUAGUGGUCACACCACACGACGCAAUAGACGACGGUCGCUGUAAGUGCGAAGGCAUUUUGAAUCCUACCUCACCCACACAGAAAAAAAAAAGUGUAAAUGUGAGUCUGGUGGCUAUGCAUAUUACAUAUUCUGAAUUCGAACCCAACCAGGCAUAAAUACAUGUUUUGAAAUGUAUCUACCUAAAUGCCACCUAGGUAAAUUUUUUUAACAGUAUGUUUUCAAUUUGAACGAGCGAAUUUUUGUUUUGAAUAUGGGCCUAAUCGGACUAAAAAUACGAUUUUUUAAAUACUUCAACGCUAGUGCCAUCUAACGUGAAAUAGUCGACUUAAAAAUAAGUACCUCUCCUGGUUGUUAAAAUCGAACCAAGUACAGAUUAAUUGUGCAGUACCGGUAUUCCCACCAUUAGGUGCAGUCAAGAAUGGAAUUUCCCUAAAAUUCCUUCCAAUCGCAGAUUGUAGAUAGAGAGACCAAAUGAAAUGCAAAAUCAGCAGGACGUUAUGGCCCACUUAAAACCUCAAGCAAUCGUCGACAUUGAUAAACAUAAAGCGACGGGUCGCCUGGAGACUAACUGCAGUCAUAAUUGGCUUUUGGUCUAUGGGAGAAUAAGCAGCCAAAAUAGGUAUCCCUCACAAUACAUACUGUCAUAGUUGUAAACAACAGGAGAAAAAGGAGACAAUCUUCGAUUUCCUCUGUGAAUCUCAAGAAUCUCGAACAACUGUCUGGCUCAUAAGGUUCUUAAACCGCACAGACUGGAUAAAGUCAUGCUGUAAAUAAUCGUUAAACAAGUUGGUAACGAGGAUGUAGCAACAAAAUGGUGCGGAAGCGCUAGUUGCAAUCUGGAAGAAUCAUCACUUUAACCAGCCAACCAACCAACAGAUUAACUGACACUUAAACAUGUUAGAAGAAGGUUUUUUUCGGGAAACUCAAGCUAAGGACCUCAAAUGUGAUGGUCUACAAAGAAAGGAUUUUUUAAAGAGCGAGAUGUAAUAGAACAACCAUCCCUGUUUUUUGCCACUAUAAGGGCGUGGUCGAGAACACCUUAAAGUAGUAAGGCGAGUUAAUGAGAAAAUAUGUCCCAUUCAAUAUCGAAACCCAUAUCGAUCCCCAACACGUGAUCGUCGAAAAUUCUUUCUUCAAAUACAGUUAGUUCGUUGUUCGCAGCAGCUUGUGUGUUUAGGUUUACACAAAUAAAGCUCUAUUAGCUCGAGCUAAAUCGAUAAUUAAAGUAAAUCAGGAAAUCAUUGAUGAAGACCAAUCCAGCGGAAGCAAUUGCACUUAGGGCCUAAAAAAUAUGGAUUAGUUGUCGUUAGGCUUUAAAGUGAAUCCGAAACCAAAUUAAAACAAACAAAAAAUUGCAUUGCUAUAAAACUUCACAUUUUGUUUGCGGUUUUAUUUGGAAUAAGUGCACAUAAUGCAAAUUCCAAAAUUUUAGUUCCAGUCUAAAACCACUUGACUUUAUUUUUAUGUGCGCCACUAUAUUUAUUUGUUUUUCGUUAUAAAACAUGGCACAUCAAAUAUUUGCGAUUUAUAUUCGGAGAAGUCCGACUACUAGCGUAAAUACAUACA